GAUUCAGUUUCACUUAUACACUUGAUUUACUUCAUUUUUUUCAUUAUUCGUUAUUACAUUAUUGAUUGCGAAAGCAUAAUAGAACUUAAUUACUGUAGUUAAGGUGAAACAAUUUGAAUUAUGUCGAUUUCUGAUUUCAUUUAUGUUAAUCGGUAUAAGAUAAUUAAAACUUUCAUCAUUUAUGUUUCGUAUCUGUGGAUUGGUGGUGCGAUCACUUUAAUUGGUUCAAGUUUAUUAGAUCUUCAGAUUCGAGUUGAUGUCGAUUUUGGUACAAUUUCUUACUUGAUUCCAGCUCGAAGUCUGGGUCACAUCGUUGGAUCUGCGCUUGCUGGACUUUUGGAUCGAUACUUUAGCCAUUCGUUUAUUUUACUCGUCAAUAGUUUGAUCUCCGGCAUUUCCAUUGGAAUUGCUCCAAAUUUUAACGAUUUUAAACUCGUUGCAAUAUUUAUAUUCAUCGCUGGAGUUGCUCAUGGAAUUCUUGAUGUCACUUGUAAUACAUUUCUAGCAUCCACAUGGAAGGAAAAAUGUGCCAAUUGGCUUCAAGUACUUCAUAUGUGCUUUGGUGUUGGUUCGUUGAUCGCUCCGGUCAUUUGUAGGCCCUUUUUGUUACCAAUGGUUAACAGUGAAGAGAGAAUAGUUAAUUCAUUAAAUUUAACCUCAAACGAUUCGUUGGUUGAUCCAUUGGUCAAGACAAUUUACAAUUCGGAUGAUGUUAUGAUACAAAAUGCAUUUUUUAUCAUUGCGAGUCUUACAAUUGUCUUAGCACUGCCGUUUGGUUGGAUGAAUUUGUCGGAAAGAAAAGCUGAAACUGUAACCAACGAUCAGAGUAAAACAAGUGACCCCGUCGAAGUCAAACAACCCUACAGUUCGGAAAAUAUUAUCAAAUCUUGUUUCUCAUUUUACCGAUUGAUUUACAUUCCGUUAACCUUUGUAAUCUCUGAGACUAAAUUACUCUUGUCCAGUUUGACCAUUUCGUUUAUCGGUAUUCUGAUCACAGUCCCAUGGGCCAAUUACUAUACGAGUUGCAUUUGGGCUGGAUUCACACUCAUUGGAAUCGGUAUAUCGCCAAUAUUUUCAGCCGCUUACGGAAUGCUGGCCAAACAUAUCAUCGUAACGAGCAAAAUAUCAUCCAUGGUGUUUAUACCCGGUGUUCUUGGUGAAUCGAUUCAUCCAGCAAUCGCUGCCACAUUAUUGGAUAAAAGGCCAAUCAUUUGUCUUUAUUACAUCGGUGUAUCGGGUAUCCUGUUCAUCGUAUUGUAUUUGAUUCUGUUAAUUUAUUGUGCCAAAGUAUUUAAAGUAUCAACUAGUCUUCAACAUGAACAAGUUGCUGAAAGAUCAUCAAUUCCAAGUAUUAAUUACCAUUGAUGAUUAAACUUUUUCUCAACAU